AUGAAGCUGGGACUGGUGGCGGCCGUGCCCUGUUUUACCUUCGGAUUCCUCGACAACGCGAUCAUGCUCGUGUGCGGCGAGGCCAUCGAGGGCUCGCUCGGCGUCAAGUUCGGGCUCUCGGCGAUGGCGUGCGCGGCGAUGGGCAACGUCGUCGCGGACACGACGGGCCAGGUCUCGGGCGGGACCGUGGACACCAUGCUGCGGCCCGUGCUCCCGGCGCCGCGCCUGUCCGAGGCCCAGCGCGCGAGCCGCGCCGCGAGCCUCACGCACGCGGUCGGCGGCGCGGUCGGCAUCUUCGUCGGCUGCGUCUUCGGCUCCUUCCCCCUGUUGUUCUACGAGGAGCGGCAGGACGACGACGACGGUGGCGUGGCCUAG